AUGGACCGGCCCGCGACUCUGGGCGACCUGCUCCUGGCGCUCACCGAGAUGGGCUUCACCGAGGGGCAGGCGCGUGCGGCCGUCCAGGCCGGCUCCCUCAGCCUGCAGGAGGCCACCGAAUGGUUACUUCAGGAGAGGGGGCAGCGGCUCCAGACAGCGCCUCCCGAAGAGCCAGGAGGAGCAAUUGCAGCUUUCAACCUUCCCAAGCUCCAGGAGGUGCCUUUGGGGUCAGAGGCUCCCAGCGCCGAGCUCCGCUUGCCAGGGCCCAGCUCCCCUCGGUGGCCAGGGGCCGAGGCUGGGCCCAGCUGCAGGAUGAAGGCAAGCCGGAAGGAGUUGGAAGAGCAGCAGCGGGAACAGCUGGCUCAGGAGGCGAAAGCCGAGAAGCAGAACAAGCAGAAGGAGCGGGAGCUGGUGCUGCAGAGAAUCGCUGACGACCGGAGAAGCGUCCAGGCAAAGACCCAGUGGGCCCAGAUAACGGACCCCCCGGCUGCCCAGGGCCACAGGCCGGAGGGCAGAGCUCAACUGGCGAGUGAGGGGCAGUGCCUGCUGAUGAUCCGCCUGCCCUCGGGCCAGUGUCUGCGAGAGCGUUUCCCAGCCGACUGCCCUCUGCAGCACGUCACGCAGCGCCUCUCGACUCUGCACCCCGACCUGCCGCCCUUCACGCUCCUUCAGGGCUUCCCCAAGCGCCGCUUCGGCCCAGCCGAGCUGCCCUGCAGCCUGCAGGCUCUGGGCCUGACCCCCAGCGCCACCCUGUGCGUCCUGGCCACCGAGCCACUCCCGUCGGGCACCAGCGCCCUGGCAGCCCCCCAGGCCAGAGCCGGGCCCCUGCAGCCUCCCAGGCCUCAGGCCUUGCCCGUGGAGGAGCACGCCUGGGGCAGGGGCGAGAUCCUGAGCCUCGUGCCGGAGGAGGCCAUGGCCGAAGGGAUGUUCCCAGAGGCUGAGGAGCUGCGGCUGGCGCUGAGCUCCCCUGCGCGCAGGGUGGUGCCGGGGAAACCCGGGGUCCAUGUCCUUUGGGAGUCGACCUCUCCAUCGCACCAUCUCUGGGGCCAGGGACAGCGGCUGACGCUAGAAAACCCAGAGCAAGAGCCCGCAGCACCCACUGUGUGCAGCCCGCUGGCCGAGGAGCUGUCCCCCCCAGGCUCAGGGCUGGCUCCUUUGCUGCCAUCUCCGAGCCGGGGCCCGGUGGAGCCGCAGCACCAGUGGCCGGCAGAGGGCAACAGGCUCAGGGCUGCAGACGAUGGGCGUGGUGUGGGCCCCUCGGACCUGCCGGGCGCCGUGGCCCAGGCAGCGGAGCAGCGCUUCCACAAUGCCUUGCAGGGCCAAGAGGAGCCGGCCCCACCCCCAGGGCACAAGAACCCCCCCCGCCUCUCCCACGUGCCUCAGCUCUUCCACAUGGCCCUGCGGGCGGCCGUGGCCCUGCUGACAGCCCCCCGAAAGCAGUACUGCAGCAGCCUGGCCUCCCUGACGCCCCCGCUGGCUGAGCGCCUCCUGGCCUACAUGAUCCUCCACCGGCUGCUGCGCCCCAAGACCCUGGAGCUCUUCUUCGGCUGCCACAUCCAGACCCUGGUCCUCAGCUGUUACCCCUAUGCCACCAACGAGCUGCUGCGUCAGCUGCGGGCCUUCCAGAGCCUCCGGCACCUCAGCCUGGUCUCCUGCUCCCUGCUCACCGACCAGGGGCUGUCCGUGGUGAGGCACCUGCAGAGACUUCAGCACCUCAACCUCUCGGCCUGUGUCAAGCUCACGGACGCCUGCCUGCACUUCAUUAAAGGGCUCCCGCACCUCUCGCACCUGACUCUGGACCAGACCAAAAUCAGCGAUUGCGGCAUGGCAGAUUACCUGCACUCGGCUCCCUCCGCGCUCAGCUACCUGAGCCUCAACAGGACGGCGAUCACAGAGAGCACGCUGCGCCUGCUGCCCCAGUACGCGCCCGGCCUGGUGCUACUCAGCCUCAAGCAGACCGAGAUCUCGGAUUUCUCCGCCCUGCAGCAGCUGAGCCGCCUGCACACGCUCCACCUGGAUGACACCCGCGUGAGCCAAGCCUCCCUGGCGGCCCUGGCCUCCCACCCUGCCCUCUCCACGCUCACCCUGUCUGGAGUGCAGUCCCUGGAUGGCGACCGGGCGCUGCAGCUGGUGUCAGGCCCUUCGCGUGCUCUGUGUGUGGUGUCCCGGUCGGAGCCGGGCUCUGGGCGAGAGGCUGGGCUGGGCCAGCUCGGUGGGUGGGACCGGCAGGAGCCCCAGAGCUGUGCUGCUGGCGCGGGGGGGCUGGGGUGA